GGACGGGGACGUGCCCCGGUGCGGCGGGCGCGGGGUGCUCGGAGCGAGGCCGCCUCGGCCCGGCCCCGCGUCCCUCCGCGCUGACCGCCCGCCUCUACUCGCCUAUUUUCUUUUUUUUUUUUCCUUUUUUUUUUUUGAAGUGUGACUGAAACAAAACAAAGCUAAAGGGACGCUGGAUCUAUCAUUGGUUGCUUUUCCUCCUCUUUUUUUUAUGAUCCCCAACACCCCCCUCCAGAGCAAACAAACACACACAAAGCAGAGCAGGGGCCGGCCGGCAGCAGCAUGGAUGUCUUGGCUAGUUAUAGUAUAUUCCAGGAACUGCAGCUUGUCCACGACACCGGCUACUUCUCAGCUUUGCCAUCCUUGGAGGAGAACUGGCAGCAGACAUGCCUUGAGUUGGAGCGAUACCUUCAGACUGAGCCACGGAAGAUCUCUGAGAGUUUUGGUGAGGACCUGGACUGCUUCCUUCAUGCCUCUUCAGCUCCAGAUGCAGAGGACAGUCUUCGACGGCUGGACCCCAUCCUUUUGCCGGUGGAGACAAGUAUGUGUGACAAAAGCGCCAACAUGGACAUUAUCCUCUCACGGGACAAGCUGCUGUCUGAGACGUGCCUCAGCUUGCAGUCCACCAGCUCUUCCACAGAAAGCUACACGGCCGUCAACCAGGCCCAACUCAAUGCAGUAACCUCAUUAACACCCCCUUCCUCUCCGGAGCUCAGCCGCCACCUUGUAAAAACCUCACAGACUCUCUCGGCGGUGGAUGGCACAGUGACUUUGAAAUUGGUGGCCAAGAAAUCUUCCCUCAGCUCCAUGAAAGUGAGUGUAGCGGCAGCAACUGCGGGGACAAUAAAGAGUGGACAAAGUGACAGUGAACAAGGAGGACCAGGACUGGAAGCGUCUCCAGAAAACAAGAAGAGGGUUCACCGCUGUCAGUUUAAUGGGUGCCGGAAGGUUUAUACAAAGAGCUCCCACUUAAAGGCUCACCAGAGGACUCAUACAGGUGAGAAGCCUUACAAGUGCUCGUGGGAAGGGUGCGAGUGGCGUUUUGCACGGAGUGACGAGCUCACAAGGCAUUACAGAAAGCACACGGGUGCAAAGCCCUUUAAAUGCAACCAUUGUGACAGGUGUUUUUCCAGGUCUGAUCACCUUGCUCUCCACAUGAAGAGGCACAUCUAAGUAUCGGUCAGCUUGGCAUGGAUGACAUCUGAGCUAAGUGUUGUGAGAUGAAAGUGGAACUCAAGUUAUAAUGUGCUGCCUUGCAGGAGAAGAGAACUCGGUCACGUGUAACCCUCUGUACAGAGACCACGCACUCACACUGUCGUACACCCAGUUAUACUUCAAUACAUCCAUUGGUUCUUUAUGCCUUGCCCCAGCUGGAUGGGAGAAGAUGCAGGAGAAGAAAUGCUAUGGAGGUGAAGUCAAUGAGAAGGAACAAUUGCUUACAGUACUUCGUCUCUCUUGGAUUUGUUUCCUGGGUUUACCAACGGAAAACAAAGGAAAUGGAGGAGGCUUCCCUGCAGGUGGACGGCAGUAGGAGGGGCUUAUUUAACUUGCUUCUCAGUGCAACUCAGUAGGAGAAAAUGACAUCUUGAAGUUGCAUAUUUGUAGCACUAACUUUCUUUUUAAAUAGAUGGGGGGAAAACAAUGACCUAGAAAACCAAAUCCCAGUUUGGUAGCCAAAUUAACCUCGUGGUUCAUUUGUUCUUUGUCUGAAGAUUCCUAACGUUCAAUGCAUCAGACUUUUCAUAGACACUUUGACCUGUCUUGGUUUUGGUUCUUCUUCCUAGAACUGAGCUAUUGAGAUCCUUUUAAGUCAAUACCGGUGGCCUUAAUGGCAGUAGACUGUGGACUGACACUUGUUACACAAAUAUCCUCUCAUUGGCCCGAGUUUAUGUAGACUUCACAGAGGACUAUAUUUUUUUUUAUUGUUUUUGUUUUAAUUUUUGUUUUGGCUAUUGCACAACAUAUGCACUAGGGACUCUGGAAGCUGCUGCCAUGAUGGCUAAGUGGCCAAGGGAUAAACCCUGAGAAACAACACCUAAUAUCUCUGUAGGCCUCACCUUAUUGCCAUAGCUAGGACUUCUUGUUUAUUUGUUGAAUGAAAACUUUAAAAGCUUACUUGGAAGCUUAAACCUUUUUUUCUCUUUUCUCUACGAACAAGUGAUCUUCAGAACUCCUUGUCUUCACCUGGAUAUUGGUCUGGGACUGGCCACACAGGCAUGACUACAGGAUUCCUUCCACAUCAUGUGAGCAUGUUAGCCACAACUCACAGUGACUAAGUGGUGAAUUAUGUUGCUUUUUCUUGCAAUUCUUCUAAUAACCGAUUUAAAACAUUAGACUUUUGUUUGUUUAAAGAGCACCUGCAGACAUUUUAAUUUGAACUUGAUGCUUUUCAAACGUCUUACACACACACACACACACAUGCAAACAAGCCAAAAAUCCUGCUCAUCUCUGAGUGGGAAAUAGAAAACUUCUUCCAAGUACAAUGGCUUCAUUCAGAAUUAGCCUUUUAAAGAAAUUAUGAAAGUCCUCCUUUUCCAUUCAAGUUGAUGCUGUAGCCUGCUCCUAUGUGUAACAGUGUGAACAGUGAAGGAAGGGUUGGGUUUUACAGCAGUGAGACUUUUCUGAAUGAUUGAUCUGAAGUGCUAAUAAUCUUGAGGCCCAUUUUGGCCUACUGCGUGAACCAUCAAGGGAAAGUGAAGGUCUCAUGCUCACCCUUCAGUUCUAUUUAUAAUUUGAUUUUGUUGGGCACAAAGUGGGUUGAAGUCUUCAUUACAAAAAAGGGGGGAAAAAAAAAAAAAAAAAAAAAGCAUCUUCCAUUAACUCAUGUUUGAAACUAUUUGGCGCUGGCCCUGACUCCAAAGACUGCAUUUAGGACCAUAAAGAUGGGCUGUGCAAGCAAGCGUGUUUUCAUUAGAUUGUAUACUUUGUAUAUUCUGGGACCAUCUCUACAAGAUGUGUCUAGAAAUUAAACAGAGUGGCGCAUGGUCCACAAAUGGUUGCUGCUUUUUUACACUGUAUUAGCCAGCUGCCCUUCUUUGACUGUUUUGACACAUUGACUGUUAAAUAUUUCCCUUAAUUCAUGUAUUAGGAGUUGAAAUUGUACUUUUGGGGAAAAAGAACAAACAAGAAACUCAGUAGAUGUUUAAGAGCUGUCACCGGGAUCCUUGGCACUUGAAUUCUCAGUUUUGCAACCUUUGGUUCCAGUGAGAGAUUGAGUUUACCCAAAAGAUGCUGGUUUUCCUCACAGUUUUUGCAAAGCACUGUGUCUGUCAACUGAACACUUUUGGGACAGGAGGGAAAUACAAUGUCUGGCCCAUAUGGCAUGAAAUAUGGACCAAAAUCUAACUGUCUUUUAGGGGCAUUGACAUAACAUUCAUGAUAAGAGGGAGAGAGAGAGCAAGAGCAAGUGUGAGGAAAAGAAAGGUAGAAGGUGAGAAAGACAGAAAAUUGAGUUUAUUCCAAAGAUUUAAAAUUAACCAUGCUAUAUAUACAUAUGUGGAGCAUUGCUUGCUGACAAUCUCGUAUUUCUCGGCUUCUGUGUAUGCAUACUUUUAAUGACCAUUCCUCCAGCUGUUCUACUGGGACUGAGGGCCCCAGAAUCCAAUUUGUAUUGGAAUAUAUGGAGAUCCUGCCAGAUGUCUAAUGGAAACUGAAACCUCAGCUGUGUGAAACUGUGGAACAUCCAGUCAGUGCAUUAAAUUUGAAAAAGGUUAACAGAAUCCUAGAAUUUCAUUACUGUAGCAUCCUAAAAUAUGUGCUCUCAAACUCACUGCUAUGGUACUCUUUGGCUGUGAACCUGAAUAAAUAUCGUUGCUUGACCUCUAAACACACCUGUCUUUAGACAUGCUAACAGUAGUCUACAAAUCAUAGUUACUAAGUGUCGGUUUAAGUACCAGUUAUUCCAGUUUUCAUUCGUGGUCUUGUUGAUACCUCAUUUAAGUAUGGCAGAACAAGGGACCCAUGGAGAUUUAAAAAAAAAAAAAAAAAAAAAAAAAGCUGAAAUGUCUGAUUAUUUUGUUCUGGAGAAAGACUUAACAUUAAAUCCUGGAUCUAUAUAGCUACAAAAACAGAAGAAAAGAGGAUAAGAGACUUAACCAGAUUUUAGACUUAACAGGCUCUUUCUAUUGCAGGUCUUGAACCCUGAAGCCAAAUUUGGGACUUUGGGACCAUCUUUUUUUUUCUUAAGGGAGGUGUUUUUCACCUGUAUGUGUUGUGUACUCUGUCAGUCUCUGCACUUCAGUUUUUGGGUUCUCAUUUGCAAGUGUCUUAAUCAUUACUAAAAUUUCAAAGCUUAGCUUGUAUUUUGUAGGAGUCUCCAUUUUGGAAAGGUGCAUUCCAAGAGUCAUUUUUCACAGUGACAGCUUUUCUUUCCUUGCAGAUAUUUUAAGAUGUGCACUUUGGACCUGAGUAAUGUGUGGUAGCUAGAUCCUUUCUGGGCCUGUAUCUCCUUGCUAAAGUUGUAUAGAUAUCUUCUAUUUAUAAAUUAUGAGUAUGAGUAGAAAUAGGCUAAUAAGGAAAGGCAAAUCUAUUCUAUAAGUCUUUGGAAGCAAAACCAUAAAGAGAUUAUUUGGUAACAGCUGAGAACAAACUUAUCAAGCUCUAGAGAGAAGAAGCUUAUGAUUGUUUCCUUCAUGCAAGAUUGAUACCUGUUUGCAGAAUAGCAGCCAGGUAUUUCUGUUUUUUCUGAAGAAAUUCAAAUGUGGUUUCCAAGGCCAUGGAGCUGUAGAAUGAGAAUAAAUUGAGAGAAGUAUCACAGAAAAUAGUAUGCAUGGAGGAAAUGUCACUUUUUGUGUGUAGUAAAUAGUAUUUUGGAGCAGAGUAUAGAAUCAAUCACAGGAGAAUGCAGGUGGAAGCAGGACUCCAGAGGCCAUCUCAGCCGACCUUUAACUAGAGUUGGGUGCUCAGGGCUGUGUUCAAUCAAUUUUUCAAUGCUACCAAGGAUGGAAAUUCUGCAGCUACUCUGUAUAAGCUGGCCUGGUAUUUGACCACUUAAAUGGUUAAAAAAAGCCACACACACAAAAGAUAAAUCCGUAUGUCAAGUAAGAAUUUCCCAUGUUCCCAUGUUUGCUGCCUCUUCCACUGUGCACCAAUACAAACAGUCUGGCUUCAUUUUCUCCACGAUCUCUAUAAGAUCUACCCUUUUCUCUUCUAAGAUUAAACUCUGUUCCACAGCCUCUGUUCAGCUGUUAUGUGUUCUGCCUCCUGAUCUCCUCGGUGGAGCUUGUGCUAGACUUGCUUCAGUAUGUCAAUAAUUUUCUUAUAAGCAGAGACCAAAACUGGACAGAGUAUUCUGGACGAAGAUGUACUUUAUAUCUAACAAUGUUGAAAUAUCACUUAGUACCAGUAUCAAGAUCUUUCUAAUCAGAUUUACUGAAUUUAUUAAUUAUGUUUAUGGAAAUACCUUUUUUUAUGCUGCUGGGUUGAGGCCUGGCAAACAAAAAUCUGUCUUUUCUAAAACAAUCAUCACUUUUUUACCUUAAACUGGAAAAAUCACUCAUAUCAAACACGUAUUUUAGUCACAUUUUAGAACAAAACAACACUUCAAUGCAUCUUUGCUCUGCUGUUUUUUCCUCCUUAGGAGAAAAGCAACCAAAACCAUCAUGGGUAUUUUAUAAAGAGUAGCUUAACAGGUUUCCAGGAUGAAUUAUUUUUCACUGUCUCAGAAUUUCUCUCUUUCAAGAGCCAGUACUCAGACCAGAAAAUUAUUUCACCUGGAAAAACUAGGCAAAGGAACAAACGAAAUCUUAUUUCAAGGACUGAAAUCCCACAUUUAUUCAGCAUCUUGGACAAGGCCCCAAGCAGUCUGAUUUAACUGAACUGAAUUGUUUUUUUUAAGUUGAGGGUAGGAUUAAGUAACCUCCAGGGGUACCUUCCAACAUCAAUAUUUCUGUGUUUCUGUGAUUCAUAUCAGAGUUCUCUCUGAUUAAAUGUGUACUGAUUCUAGUUCUUCCCAGUCUUGCUCUGGCAGAGCAGAAUGUAGAAUGGGACUGUAGAAUUUUUCUCAAAGUGAUAGUUUCAUCCCUAUUACUUUUAUGAUUCUUGACAGGGAAGAUGGAGAAAACCUUGAAGCAGUAUCAAAAAUAAAAACACCUUUGCAAAGCAGUUUGAAGGAAUAUCUUAUGAUAAGGUGUGUCACAGCUGCAGGGACCAACCAAAGAUUGUGAAAGCAGAUUUGCUAGCCUGGAAGACCCAUGUUAUGUCUCCAAAAUGAUUCCCAGUACCUGAAAUCUACACUGACUUAUGUUUCUGUAGAAGUGAAUCAUAAAACCUUUUCUUCCUUUUCCAUUCUUCUUUGCCUCAGAUAUUUUGAAUUUGGGUUUACUGUAUCACUAAAUAGCACAUUUUCACUUAAUACCUGGAAAAUACUGACCAAACACAGAGCAGACAGAAGAACCUAAAUGCUUCCAGUCCCUUGAUUUUUGGAACUGUUUUACCUUCAGGUCUGAAAAGGAUAAUCACAAAGAUUGUGGCUAAAAUGGAGUGGAAUAAUUGCAGUGGUCAAGUGUAUUUUGUCUGUGACCUUUUUUGAUAUUUACAGAAUCAGGCUUUAGUCUUCAUUUUAUCUGGCUGUAGCCAAUUUGGGCUUUUUUAGCCAUCUCUAACACAAAGGUAAUUCCUCCUGUUUAACAUGCUUCAUUUGUCUGUGUACAGAAGAGGUCAUAAUUGGUGCUUUUGGCAAAACUGAUGAAAAUCCAACUAUCUGAGGGUUUCCUUUGUCUCUGUUUCCCUUAAGGUGUCAAAAUCUUUGAAUUAAAAAAACAACAACAGAGGAUCAUUGUUACAUAAUUUAAUGUUACCUGGCUAGCAUCCAGUUAAUCAAGGGCUUUUAUUCUUGAUUUUAUUCAGGACUUAGCACAUCUAGACAUUCCAUCCAGCAAGACUGUUUUUAAGCUUUUGUAUUUCUAGGUGACACCAUUAACCCAACACUCUUUUGAAGUAGUUUUUGCUGAUUUCAGAUAGAGUUGCACUUACAGAGGUCAUCACAUAUCAAGAACGAAAACAGUGCUUGAUUAACUCUGUAGAUUCGUCUUGAAAAAUAAAAGUCAUUUCCUCUCAAAAUUU